UCAAACUAUCCAGAUUAUUAGGAAGCUUUACGUUUUGAAGUUUUCUAACUCAAAAUCGUUCAUGACAUGUCUACUGCGGUCAAAUUGGCUGUUUCUGUGCUCAUCGUCAUUCUUCUUGGAACAGGAGUUUAUGAUUAUCUUAAGUUAUAUGAAAAUAACUCAUGUGAAAUGACAUGGAUGUAUGAAUAUCCAGAUUACAGGAAAAUAAAACUAGGUAAAAUUGUUGAUGAAGCUUUUCCCAAGUAUGGAUUAUAUAUAUAUGGAGAAGGAUCAUAUGCACAGAAAAUAAGCAAACUACGAUUGGAUGGUAUACCUGUGCUAUUUAUACCAGGAAAUGCUGGUAGUUAUAGACAAGUGCGCUCUUUGGGUUCUGUAUCUCUAAGAAAAUCUGAAAAUAUCGGAAACAAGUUCCAGUUUAAUUAUUUUUCGGUUGAUUUUAAUGAGGAAUUUUCAGGGUUAUAUGGAAAUGUGUUAACUGAUCAAGCAGAAUAUGUUGCCCAUUGCAUCAAAAAGAUUUUAAGUUUAUAUAAAUCAUCAUCAUCACCCCCAUCUUCUGUUGUUAUUGUUGGCCAUUCUAUGGGAGGUGUAAUUGCUAGAGCCUUAUUUGCAUUAAAAGAUUUUGAUGCUAGUUGCAUUAAUACUAUUAUAACCCAGGCAACUCCACAUCAAUCUCCAGUUUUACAUAUUGAAAAGUCUCUUCAGGAUUUCUACAACCAUGUAAAUUACUAUUGGCAAGAACAUGCUUAUACCACACUAGAUCAUGUAACAGUUGUAAGUUCUGGAGGGGGAUAUCGUGAUAUACUAGUUAGAAAUGGACUGACAUCACUUAAAGAUAUUGUAAGACCUGAUCGACAUAUUUCGACAUGUACAAUGUCUAUACCAAGGGCCUUUGUAUCAACAGACCAUCUAUGUGCUGUAUGGUGUAGACAAGUGGUUCUCGUAACAACCAGAUCUUUGUUUGAUAUUGUUGAUCCCAAAACAAAACAGAUAAUAACUGAUCCUGACAGAAGAAUGGCUGUGUUUAAACAUCAUUACAUAACUAAUUCUGGUACACCAUUUACACCUGAACUAUCCAGGGAGAUAACUCUUGAUGCUACUAUUCCAUGGGAAGAGAAAAUUGAUACUUUCUGGCAAUUUGAACAACCUCAGGUUGUGUCUUCCAAAUAUCUAGCCAUUCCUUUAGUUGAAGAUGAUGAAAAUAGUUUGUUAGUUAUGGCUAAUCUGACUUAUGAUGAUUGGAUAUGUGUUUGUACUAUAGCUAAAGGUCAGGAUCGUUGUAAAACUUGCACCAGUUUAUCAGAUAAAGUCCGUCUUCUACCAUCUACACAUCCUAACAAAAAGAUAUUGAGAACUUUGAUGGAAGAUUUGGGUGAAAAAAGUUCACAUGUUGUCAUAGUAUUAAAGCCAGUUAAACAUAGAGUAUCUAUAACGGUAGAAUUAUAUAACAGUAUGCAGCGACAUCUAAUAUUUACAUUACCAGGAAUCUAUGAUACCAUAAUAUCAUAUCCUAUAGCUGUAAUGGAUGCUUCGGCCAUGUUACAUGUUAAUAAUAAAACAGUCUUCUACAGUCUACAUCUAUCUGGCAUGGAUAGUCCAUUAAAAGCAUAUACUGCUCUAGUCAAUCCGAGGCGCUGUCAGAAAAAGGAAAAAGAAGAAGAAGGAAAUGUGUUGAGUUUAAAUAUUCCAUGGUCAAAUGAAACAGUAUAUACAUAUAGCAGUUAUAAUAAAAGAAGUGAAUUAGAUGUCAAAUUACAGAGUGGUAGACCAAAUGAUUUUGAUGGUGGGGCUGUUCAUUUAGAGUUGUAUCUAAAUCCAUCUUGUUCUUAUCAACUUAAACUUAAAUUAUCCACUGUUGAUACUUUAGGACAGAUUAUAAGGUUUUAUGGUGUGUUAUUUCCAGCAGCUUUUGUUGCCGUUCUAUUAAUGGCCUUGGGAUAUAUUUUAAGUGUUAAAAAAGAAGAUGAAUCUGUAAAGCCACAAGAUAUUGUCUGGGAUAGUUGUAAACCAUAUAUGAUAGUUCCAGUUGUCAGUAUAAUCAGAGUUAUUUUAAGUGUUGAGAAUAUAGAAGAAAUAACACACACAUUAGGUCUACCAUUAGAUGAUAGUCAUUCUCUUACUGAUAAAUCUGUCUGGUCACCAUUUCUAUCUACAAUCCUCUACAUUUUGGCAUUUGGUACAACUUAUUUUCAGUGUAUUUUAUUGUAUUACUUCAUAGCUACUAUAAGCAAAGUUUUUUCCAAAAUAUUUUCAUGGGUUCCAAACUCUGUGUUAACAAUAGGCAUAUUAAUACAGGUUGUAUUAGGAGUAACAGCUAUAUUAAUAUCAAUGAUGUUUUGUGGAACUGCUGGUCUCUUUAUUAUAUAUUUACUUCUUAUUAUCAAGGUUUUAAGAGUAUAUUAUUUAUCACAACAAAGUAAAAGUAAAGAAGACAGGUCACAGUUUAACUUUCUAUUUAUGUUACUUCUGUUGUUACUGUGGAUUAUCAUAUUAAAUUUUCCAUCAAUGCUGGUUUGGGUUAAAAAUCUACGAUAUUCACAAAGACUGAACGUAGAUCCUAGUCGUAUUCCAUGUACAGUAACUGCCAUCACCAUAUUUAUAUUCAUCUCCAUUAAUAUCAACUUUAAAAGUACAUUAAACCUGGUGUUUGGAAGUAUAUUUUAUUUAUCAGCUAUAAUUAUAAUGUUGUAUGGUCUGGAAUCUGUAUAUAGAAUACCAUUUAUUACAGCCACAAUGUUAACAGUACUAGCAUCAUAUAAUCUACGGCAAUUAAUCUCUAAUAAAACAGACAGUAGUAUACAAUAAAGAUAAAAGGCUGCACUGGACUCCCAACUAGAAUGAUUCGGGUUAAAAUUUUGACAUGGGCCAAAAAGGAUCUCUGAAUUUUUCAAGCCCGGUUUUCAAUUGUCAGGGGGUAGUACCUGUAGGGCUGACAAGUAAGGUAUUGGCUAGUCAUUUGGAUUAGACAGAAAACUAGAGGUACAACAUCAAAGUACAUGUAAAAAAAAACCCUGUGAAAAUUGGAAAGUAGGCAGAAAUGCCACUGUCAAGGCAAAAUUCUCCUCCGUGGAAUUUCACUUAGAACAAAAUAACAGUGUGUUGUUAGUCUCCAAAUAACCAAAUUAUUGUGUUGAUGAGACAAUUAUCUAACUCCUUUCUUAUCUUUGACAAUAAAGAUAAACAAAAUGUCAUAUAAAUGGGCUAUACUAUAUACCAGAAAACACCAUGUUAUACUGAAUACUAGAAAACAACGGAAAAACACAAAAUACCAGAAAACACACUAAAUACCGGAAAACAUCCUAAAUAGGUAACUUGGAGCCUGGUCCUCUGGAAAACACCGGAAAAACCUAACCCACCUCUGGUCCUCUGGAAAACACCGGAAAAACCUAACCUUAACCCUACCUCCCCGCAAACAGAGGACCAGACUCUUUGUUACCUAUUUAGAAUGAUUUCUUUCCGGUAUUUAGUGGUUUUCCUGGUAUUCAGUAUAACAUGGUGUUUUCCGGUAGUUUUCCGGUGUUUUCCAGUAUAUAGUAUUGCUGAUAUAAAUUAUAAUCCUCGAAAUUUCUUUAAGGCCCUGAUCAAAUUUUAAUGGCCAAUAUUGGUGUCAAUGUUAAUUGAUGGAAAUGGAUAUAAAUUGACCAUAUAAUUUUACCAGAAUAAAUAUAUUAAAUAUGCAGCCCAGCACUGCUGUGAAUAACUGUAAGUGUCCAGUGAAUCUGCCUUGGUACACUAUGAUAAAUUAUCAGACUAUAUUACAUAUUUUGGUAUAUGUGGUAAUUUGUCAACAAAAGCUAAAGAGGUUUGUUGGGUUUUUUUUAAACUCUGUAAAUGGGAUAAUGACUUUGUACUUCUUUAAAAAUGUGUGUUUCUGCUAGAUUAGAUGUUUCAUGCAUGCAUGUUUGAGUAAUUAUUUAUUCAAAUUAAUAUGUGAUUCAUUGGUUUUCUGAAAGUUGACCUACAUAAAUUAGCGAGUUACUGUCGUUGGCAGUAAUCAAAAAUAUCAUUUGAAGCAAAUUACAAAAAAAUCAUAUUGUGUAAUGUUUUUUAAAAUUUAUACAAAUAUAUUGUACAUUCCCAUAGAAUAUUCAUUCAUUCACAUUUCAUAUGUUUGUAAAAUGCAAUGUUUGAAAUAUACAAAAUCAUAAUAUAGGUCAUUUGAUAAAUUAUUCACUAUUUUUUUUCUUUUGUAAUAUUCUCAAUAAAACCUUGUGAGAUAUAAAUGUGUUUUAUAAAAUGAUAUUUUGUGGUUUGAAAAAGUUGGAAAUUGACAACAUAAAAUCUGUAGACAACAAUAACACAUAAUUUUAUUUAAAUGAUUUAAUUACCCUAUGAAAUGACAAAACAUAAGUUAAAAAAUGUGAUAAAAAGCUCUUUUCUUCCGUUUUUCUUAUAUACAUACCCUGAUUCAUACAAAUUUACACAAUUUAUAUAUAAAUGAAUAAAAGUAAAUUAGAUUUUUCGCAGAUAAUUUUUUUGCCUUAGACUCACCUAAUUAUUGAAAAUCCAAGCAAUGACCUAAGCAUUUUCAAAAGAGCAUCCUUAAAAUAAUUCAAAAACCACUAUUCAAUGCGUUUCUUAUGAUGGCAAUGGUACUUGACAAAUAAGAAUAUGAACUUUGAGCAGUUUCCAUCUGCCAAUUAUGGCUAUUUCUUGUUAAAACUUCAAACAUUCAUAACUUUGCUCAAAAUAAAGAAUUUGACUGAAAUUUUCAAUAUAUUCAUUUUUCAUUAGCUCUUUCUCUAUAUCUUGCAUAAUGUAUAUAUAAUACAUCCAUAUUUCAGUGAUGAAUCGACAGAGAUCUGUCUCAAUCUAAUCUGACCCCACCGGAUGUAACUGUACAAUCAAAUCAACAUCAAGUAUUAUUUUAAGAA